CUUCUUUACAACCAGUCACUCACGAAUACUCAUUAGAACUGUAUCGUAACAACACAGGUGAAGACCGCUUGCUCCGUGGUGCAACUUACGCGCUCUGUUGCCGGUGCAUGGGUGUCCACACAACCAUAAACACCAUACAAUAAUAUAUAUUUUUUUAAAUUCACGAAAUAUAACAGACAGCAAGUUACUAAAUUUAUUAAGAUUUUCUUGGAAUUUUCAAAUAAAAUAUAAAAUUCUUUACUGUUACGUUAGGAAUGUAGUUUUGAAGUGUGUGAUUAAAGGGACAAAUGUUGAACAUUCGAAGAAAACGGAGUCAUUAAAUUAAGGAGGAUUUACUGUUUUACUAACUACGGUAAAGAUUAUACCAAGGGUCCACUAAUGCGAUGCUCGAUGCAAGAUGGCGUGUCUCUAUUUGCAUAUUUAUUGCUUCACUCACACUCUUUCAGCCUGCAGAUACAUUUUUAGGAAUCUCAGUGAAACGAGAAGAUGACGGCAAUGCAUGUUAUCAUGAUGGCGGACGUUGCGUCUUCUUCCUUUUUUGUCCACUGAUGGGAGGUACUUCCGUGAGUUCAUGUCCUGGAACUAUUGCUUCUACUUGUUGCAUCACUUACGAAAGCAGUAAUCUAAGAAGAUCUCCUACAAAGCACCAAACUAUUCAACCUCAACCUUAUAUACAACCUGCAGAUGGCCUUAACCAGCGGGUACUUAGAAAAGAUAAAGCUGUUUGUGGUGAAAGAGUCUACAAGCCAACUAGUCGAAUUGUAGGUGGAAAUACUGCGGAAUUUGGAGAGUUUCCAUGGCAGGCUCAUAUUAAAAUCACCCAACAACAAUGUGGAGGGGUUCUCUUAAACCACCAUUACGUUGUAACUGCUGCUCACUGUGUAUAUAGAGCUUUAUUACGUGAUGUUAUCGUUGUUCUGGGAGCUUAUGAUAUACACGAUCAGCGCUAUCAAUUGUUACCAGCUCAAAAGUUUCGAGUGGUUGAAAAACUCUUACAUCCCAACUUUCGUUUUUCGCCUUCUCAUCCUGAUAGAUACGAUGUAGCUCUUAUACAACUUGAUAGACCUGCACGAUAUCAAGAGAACGUUCUUCCUAUUUGUUUGCCUCCUCAAGGUUGGAAUUUUGAAGGAAGAAGAGGAAUCAUUACUGGAUGGGGAAAAACUGAUCCAGCUUUAAGUAAUAGGUAUGGAACACGCCUCUUGCAUAAAGUAGAAAUACCAAUUAUUUCUAAUUACGAAUGUGAAAUGUGGCAUCAUUGGAAAAGAAUUAAUCUCCGAAUCUUUCCGGAAAUGAUGUGUGCAGGAUAUGAAGGUGGACGAAAAGAUGCAUGUGUGGGAGAUUCUGGAGGACCUUUAAUAGUUUAUUUGGAUGGAAGAUGGACAUUAGCGGGCAUCAUAUCAGCUGGAUUUGGCUGUGCUCAAUGGAGGCAGCCUGGAAUAUAUCACAGAGUAUCAUUUACAGUUGACUGGAUUUCAAAAAAUAUUAAAUUACCUAAAGUGUCCUAAAACUCAAACAUGCAGGAGAACUUUUACAAAUUUAGAAAAUUGUAUAUAGUUGUGAUUACGUUAGUGUUAAAUCUAUUUUUUUAUUUCAGUAAUUACUGCAAAUGUAUAAAGCACAAAUGUAUAAUUAAAUUGCUUAAACAUACAAUGAAAUGACGUUAUUAGUACAAAAUAUGAACACAUUACUUCUGUAGUACAUAUUUUUGAAACACUGUAUUGUAAAAAAAAAUUUCUCAUAGUCAAUUGUCUUUUAUUGUAAAAUUAUAUUUGUUUUAUUUUUUUCUCCCAGGAUUAAUUGAAUGGAAUUGACAAGUAGUAUUAAAAGUUCUUUUUAUUCUUAAAAAUAUAAAAAAAAUUUUGAUUGGGUAGUUUAUGGUUUCUAUUAAAUAUUAUUUUUAUUUCAAGGGUUUUUGAUGAAUCAAUAGUUAAAAUCUAGAUAAUUAUCAAAUUCAUAUUUUUGUCUUAAACAAAAGAAUUUUUAUGCAUUCUUUUCAUUUUCAAAGACAAUUUCUUUUUAUUUCAAUAAAUAUUGCAAAUAUAUGAUGCACAAAAGUAUGAUUGAAUUGCUUAAACAUGAAAUGACAGGGCGACAUUAUUACAAAAGAUAAACGCAUUGAUUUCAUAGUGUAUAUUUUUAAUACAUUAUUUUGUAAAAAGAAUUGUUGUAUAGUUAAUUUCUUUCAUUAUAAAAUCAUACUAUUUUCCUUUUUCUCUUGAACGAUUAUUACAAAAUAUUUGACAAA